AUGGCUUCCAACGAUCAGGUUCCACGCGGUCGUCUCGCAGGCAAGAAUGCUCUCAUCACCGGAGCUGCCGGUGGUAUUGGCUUGGAGACAACCAUUCUCUUCCUCCGCGAGGGGGCGAAUGUGUUGAUGUCUGAUAUCUCGGAGCCUGCCCUUGAGAAAGCCAUCGCCAAAGCAAAGGAGCACGCUCCCAACGCAGUUGGCAAAGUUGAGACCGUAAAGGUCGACGUCUCCAAGGAAGCAGACGUACAAGCCGCCGUCGAGAAGCUGGAUGCCUGGGGCGGCCUAGAUGUUAUCUUCAACAACGCUGGAAUCAUGCACGGAGACGAUGCCGAUGCCGUUGAAACCUCGGAGAAAAUCUGGGACCUGACCCAAAACAUCAACGUCAAAGGAGUUUGGUUCGGCAGCAAGCAUGCCGUCCUCGCACUCCGCCGCCACAAGAAGACUCGCGGCAGCAUCAUCAACACCGCAUCCGUCGUCGCUCUCGUCGGAUCCGCAACUCCUCAGCUCGCCUACACUGCCUCCAAGGGCGCUGUGCUUGCCAUGACCCGGGAGUUGGCCAUUGUGCACGCUCGCGAGAACUUCCGCUUCAAUUCUCUUUGCCCUGCUCCCCUCAACACUCCUCUCCUGCWGGACUGGCUCGGUGACGACAAAGAGAAACGUCACCGUCGCGAGGUACACUUCCCUUCUGGACGCUUUGGUGAGGCUAUUGAGCAGGCACAGGCUGUGCUGUUCUUGGCUAGCGAUGAGAGCAGCUUUGUUAAUGGAAGCGACUUUGUGGUUGAUGGAGGUAUGACCAAGGCGUAUGUCACGCCCGAGGGUCCAGCUCCGCAGGCGCCUCAGAACUUUGCUCGAUGA